AUGGACUUCGCACCCUAUCAAUCCUCUCCGCCCGAGCACUCGCGCGUGACCUCUCCCGAACACGCCUCUCCCCGACCCUCCUACGACGCUAGACGAUCCUUCUCCCCGGUCGCUUCCCCUCCGCCCCUACAACACCCCCAGCCACAACGAGGAUGGGGAGGUUUUGAUGGACAGUCCGCUGGAUGGGCUGCCAUUAGCCCUGACAACAGGGCCUUUGGAGCUUCAAGUACCAUGCCCGGAGCAUAUCCCGCUGCAGAGGUCAGCGAGUUUGAUACAAGUUUGGGAAUGCGCCUCGACUAUGAAGCUUGCCUGGCAUAUGUCGCGUUCCCACCCCUUGGAGCAAUCAUACUCCUCAUACUAGAACGAAACAGCGACUAUGUGAGAUUUCAUGCUUGGCAAUCAGCGCUGCUCUUCACCGCCAUUAUGAUCUUCCAUCUUGUCUUCGCAUGGUCAACCUUCCUGAGUUGGCUGUUCUUCCUCUGUGAUAUUGCGUUAAUCGCCGUCCUUACACUAAGGGCGUAUAGAGAUGCCGAGAUACUGGAUAGAUUCGAAGUGCCCUUCUUUGGGGCCUUAGCAAGCCGAUUCCUUGAUGAUGAGUAG